AUGGAUCCCGGCGAUGGACAAGAAGAGAAGAUAUUUGUGACGGUGAGGGUGAGGCCUUUGAACGCAAAAGAAAUCGCGAAGAAUGAUGUUUCUGAUUGGGAAUGUGUGAGCAACAACACCAUCAUAUACAAGAACGUUAAGGCCUUAACCGAGCGAUCAAUGUACCCAAAUGCCUACACAUUUGAUCGAGUAUACGGUUGUGACAGUACAACAAGACAAGUGUACGAGGAGGGAGUCAAAAGAAUUGCUCUUUCAGCUCUCAAUGGUUUUAACUCAAGUGUAUUCGCAUAUGGGCAGACAAGCAGUGGGAAGACAUACACCAUGACUGGCAUCACUCAAUAUGCAAUUUCAGACAUAUUUGACCACAUUAACCAGCAAGACGAUAGAGAAUUUGUUUUGAAAUUUUCCGCCAUUGAAAUAUACAAUGAAUGCGUUAGAGACCUUCUCAGUGCAGACGCCACUCCACUUAGACUCCUUGAUGAUCCAGAGAAAGGAACAAUAGUAGAUAAACUCACAGAGAUCCAUUUGGAGGACUGGACCCAUCUAAUGGAGCUCCUUGCCGUCUGUGAAGCUCAAAGAAAAAUCGGGGAAACAUCAAUGAAUGAAAUGAGCUCGAGAUCUCACCAGAUUAUUCGACUGACAAUUGAAAGUUCUCCCAGUGAAGUCUCGGGGGUUGGCAGUGCAAGCAUUCUUGCAGCUACUGUGAAUUUUGUCGAUCUAGCAGGAAGUGAACGUGCUUCGCAAACCAAUUCAGUGGGUAAACGACUGAAAGAAGGCGGCCACAUAAACCGCAGUUUACUAACACUAGGCACAGUUAUCCGCAAAUUAAGCAAAGAGCCAAACGGUCAUAUACCAUAUAGAGACUCAAAGCUAACAAGAAUACUACAAAACUCUCUUGGAGGAAAUGCGAAAACAGCCAUAGUAUGCACACUCAGCCCCGCACACGCUCAUCUUGAGCAGUCAAGAAACACACUUUUGUUUGCGGUUUGCGCCAAGGAAGUCAGGACAAGUGCCCAGGUUAAUGUAGUCAUGUCCGAGAAAGUAUUGGUGAAGCAGUUGCAACGAGAAAUGGCUCGACUGGAACACGAGUUGAAAAACAUGUCUGGCACAACAAAUGAUUCCGAGGCUAUAAUCAAAGAAAAGGAACUCCAAAUACAAAAGAUGGAGCAAGAGAUAAAAGAGUUGACUCAGGAACGUGAUCUGGCUCGAUCUCGGCUUGAUGAAUUAUUAAGAGCAGCUGGAGUCGAUCAAAAUUCGCUGCAAUGGACCGAUUCUAGUUCAUGGGACGGAGGAUCUGCAUCCGUGCACUUACGUGGCAGUUCAUGGGAUGGAGGUUCUGCAUCCGGGCACUUACGUGGCAGUUCAUGGGACGGACAUUACACAUCAGACACAUCUGAUGUGGCAGUCAACGUAAAAGUCAAAGUCAACGCUCCACUUCCCCCAACUGCUUCAGUCAACACUUAUAGUUUCCCAAAGAACCAUAAACUGCGUAAUCCAAAUGAAGACCACUAUGUUUUUGAUAAUAUCACCCCACGUGAGUUUAUGAACCAGUAUUUCGGGCCAGACCCGACCCAGGAAUGGGACAAGACUUCCCAAAAAGCUAGAGAAAGGACAAAUUCAAUAGAUAGUUGCAAAGAAGUAGAAGUAUGUAUUGAGAAAGAUGAAGCAGAUGAUGUUGAUGAUAUCCAUGAUCAAGAUCAAAACCAAAACCAAAACGAGGGUGAUUUUGGAAAUUCACGUGUAGACAAAUCUCCUCGUUCGGCUCUUGAAGAUGUUUCGGAAACAAAAACUCCAAGUAUAACAAGAAGCAGUAGUUGCUCAGCUGUUAUUGAAGGUGAUGUAUUAUCAUCGUCGUCUCAUGUAUCUGAAAAGAAUGUGGUGGUUGAAUCAAAAUCAGAGUCGGAUAUUAAGAAAUUAUGUCGACAAGAUUCUCAAAGGACGAUCACAGGUGUUGACGAGAAAGAAAUGCAGGAUACUGAUGGGGAUAUUUUCAUCUCUUCUCCAUCAUCGAACACACACGAAAAGGUCAUGGUGAAGGCUACACCCGAAACCAUUGAAUCAGGAGAUGAAUUAGAGGGUUUUGAUUCUGGGAAAGAGUGGAGUUUGGUGUUUGAGGAUCAAAGAAAGAAGAUAAUCGAACUCUGGAAUGAAUGCAACAUACCAUUGCUUCACAGGACCUACUUUUUCUUGCUUAUUAAAGGCGAUCCAUCAGAUUCCGUCUACAUUGAAGUCGAGCUUAGACGUCUAGCGUUCCUCAAGAAAACUCUAGAUCAAGUUGCAAGUGCACGGGCACUGAAUCUUGAGAGGGCGAUGUUAAGCAGGAAGCUUUUGAAGAAAUUCACUUCAGCUGAAAGACGAGAGAUGUUCGCAAAGUGGGCCAUUGAUUUGGAAUCCCGAAACAGGAGAUUCCAACUGUCUCAAUUAUUAUGGACAAAAACAGAUGACAUUGAGCAUAUUAGAAACAGUGCCGAGAUAGUUGCAAAGCUCGUUGGGCUCAUCGAACCAGACAAAACGCCAAAGGAGUUGUUUGGUUUGACUGUUGCUACCAAACAAGAAUCACAGAGCCUUCUCUCUACCUGGAGAAACAGCCUCUCCUUGCUAAGAUACUAAACUGGCGUUUAGGUACCUAAACCUAACUGUUUAGAUGGGUAUGAAGGAUUCCUGAUUUUACGGGUAUCAACCUCGUUUCAUCAAACUCAUACCCUUGAACCAAACGUACCCAAAUACCGUCAAAGUAUCAAGUCCAUACCCUCUAACCAAACUCAAGUAACCUUAAUUCUUUAGAACAAAAACAAAAUCAUCUAUAGUUAUAUUUCACAUGUAUCCAAUUUUUUACAUUUAAAUCCAUUAUGUAAUCAUAUUAGAGUACAAGUGAUGCAGGAGCAUCCGGAUACAAGCACAAACAAUUUUAAUAUUUUA